UGCUGAACUCAGGCUGGGCCUGGAUGAGGGAGAGGGAAAGAGAGAUUGAGUCGCCUGAGGAGAAAGCUGGACUUACCCGGGCCGUUAGAGCAGGUGUGACCCUUCGGGGCCGCGGGUCGGCCCCGCUCCCCUCUCUCCCGGGCAGACUCACCCAAGACAUUGUGCUGGCUGAGGUGGAGUACCAAAAACACCCCCUCCGUAAAUCAAGAUUUAUGUGGCUAUGAGCUAAUAUGACUGGAUAGCCUUAUUGGCACAAAAAUCUAAUGCCCCCGCCGAUAGCUUGGAGGGACUGAGCACUCACAAAAGGGAAUGUUACGGUGGACAGUUCAUUUAGAAGGUGGGCCCCGAAGAGUAAACCACGCUGCUGUGGCUGUUGGACAUAAAGUAUACUCUUUUGGUGGCUACUGUUCGGGUGAAGAUUAUGAGACUCUACGACAGAUUGAUGUUCAUGUAUUUAAUGCAGUCUCUCUACGCUGGACCAAGCUACCACCAGUGUGGACAAACAGCAGGGACCAUGUGAGAGAAGUUCCUUACAUGAGAUACGGGCAUUCUGCGGUGCUGAUUGAUGACACUAUCUACAUCUGGGGAGGCCGCAAUGAUACUGAGGGAGCCUGCAAUGUAUUAUAUGCCUUUGACGUCAGCACACACAAGUGGUUUACUCCAAAAGUUUCUGGAAUGGUUCCAGGAGCAAGGGAUGGGCAUUCAGCUUGUGUCUUGGGAAGGAGCAUGUAUAUUUUUGGAGGAUAUGAGCAACUGGGAAAUCUUGAAGAAUUAAAUUCAAGAGUUUUCCUGUCUGGGAACAAGGCUGAUUGUUUUUCAAAUGACAUCCACAAACUUGAUAGCAGCAACAUGAUGUGGAGUUUGAUCUGCACUAAGGGCACACCAGCUCGAUGGAGAGACUUCCAUUCAGCCACAAUAAUUGGGACAAAGAUGUAUGUAUUUGGGGGAAGAGCAGAUCGCUUUGGGCCAUUCCAUUCCAACAAUGAGAUUUACUGUAACCGAAUCAAAGUAUUUGACACUGACACAAACUCUUGGCUGGAUUCUCCUCCCACUCCUCUUCUCCCUGAAGGCAGACGAAGCCAUUCAGCAUUUGGCUACAAUGGAGAAUUGUAUAUAUUUGGUGGCUAUAAUGCACGCCUGAACAGACACUUCCAUGACCUUUGGAAAUUUGAUCCAGUCUCUUUUACCUGGAAGAAAAUUGAACCCAAAGGGAAAGGGCCAUGUCCUCGCCGUAGACAGUGCUGCUGUAGGGUAGGGGACAAGAUCAUCCUCUUUGGGGGCACCAGCCCAUCUCCAGAAGAAGGCAUGGGAGAUGAAUUUGACCUGAUGGAUCACUCAGACCUAUACAUCUUAGACUUCAGUCCCAGCUUAAAAACGCUGUGUAAGCUGGCAGUGAUCCAGUACAAUCUGGACCAGUCUUGCCUCCCUCAUGAUAUCAGAUGGGAGCUUUCAGCAAUGACAACUAAUAGCAACAUCAGCCGUCCAAUUUUUUCCUCCCAUGGAUAACUUGGUCUUAUGCUCCCACUCCUAGCUGCCUUCAACUCCUUGCCUUGCAAAUGUCACCUACUGUCUUCCUCCCUGUGCAUGAAUGUUCAGCUUAUUCAAAAAAGGAGCACUAUUUCACCACAAAGAUUUCUUUACUGACCAAUGUUGGGAGGGCUCUUUUUGCCUGUCCCAUUGCCACACUUGUUGCAGCUAUAACUUUGCCAAAACCUUGAUUUAAAGGCAGCAUGCAUGCAGAAUCAGAUAGUGCAUACUACAGAAAAGGAUGCCAGAUGUGUUUUUGCUCUCAUAACUGAAGGUUACAGCUGACAGCCAUCUACUGGUGUAGUAUCUUUUCAUUUAAUAGAGUCAAAAGAAAUAUAAAUCUCAGGACUGUUACAAGACCAGCAUAUGCUUCAUAUACUACAGAAUCAAAGGUGAACAAAGCAAGGACUCAUCAGAAUUCAGCUUCUCUAUGGCUCAGCAAUUUUGAGUGUCUAGCCCUCAGUAUUAAUCUAAGGACUGAACUGGUGCCCUAUCUUAAGCCAUUUUCUUUGCUUCUCUGAGCACAGAAAAGCUUGCCUAGUCUUACACAUUUUUGAGCUUGACCAGGCUUGUCUUCUGCAAUGGGCACCUGGAAGAUCUCCAUAUGAUACUUAAGCACUUGCCAUCUUUACAGUGAUGCAGAUCAGAGUCUUCAGUGGAAGAAAAGUAGAAUGAUGACUAUCCGGCUAAGCAAGGAGUGGCAUCCAAUAUCCUGUAAAACUGAAUCAAUUUUUUUUUCUGCCUGUUAUGGAAGUAUUCAUCACAAGAUCUGAAAUGCUAUCACCCAGUUUGAUAUGUACAAGCAACAGCUCUGAAUUUA